AUGGUAGUCGUCACGUCCAAACCCAUCCAGCCACUCGCCAGUGCCCUCCCAAGUCUAUCCAACAAACACCACUUCCGACAAGCAUCCCGCUUCACCCUCCCCAUGACCCUCCAGAGCAUCGCCGACCUCCAAAAAAAGGACGUCAAUCACCCCAACUACACGACCUGGACUGAACCCCAAAACUUCUUCACCUGGACCUACCGCACCGCGCAAUACACCGACCAAGGCCUCUCCCGCAUGCACCGCCUCGACUCCACAAUCCGCAAAGUCCAACGCCCAACGCCCAACGCAAAUCCCCUCAUCGGUCUCACUCUCUCCCUCUUUCUCUCUGCACGCAAAAUCGUCGCUCGAAACAGCGUCACAGCGCCCGAUGUCAUGCAUUUUCCCGUACGGCACGCUGCUGGGGUGUCCCUGAAUGCCGAUCGCGGGUGA